GCGUGGGUCCAUGGGCCGGGGGGCGCGGCGGUAGGCGCGGCAGCGGCAUGGCGGGGGGCCGCAGAGGGGAGGCGCGGCGCUAAGUCCUGCCGAGUCGAGCUCCAGUGCUCGGCUCCCGCCCUUCCCCGCCUGUGCCCUCGCUGUCGCUGCUGGGAUUCCCGAGCCGGGCGACCUGUGGCCCUGUAAAGGCUUGGCCCCUCCCAGACUCCCUUUGGACUCGGGACCUAAGCACAUGCCCAACAUGCCUGUGGUUGGCGUUCUCCUCUGGGCCACUCUGCUGACUCUGGGCUGGCAGGCCACCCAUGCCAAAGACUACAUCUUUGCCACCCCCAGGGUGCAGCUCUCCUUCAAAGAGCUGAAGGCCACAGGCACCGCACACUUUUUCAACUUCCUCCUCAACUCCAGUGACUACCGCAUCCUGCUCAAGGAUGAGGACCACGACCGCAUGUAUGUGGGCAGCAAGGACUACGUCCUCUCCUUGGAUCUGCACGACAUCAACCGCGAGCCCCUCAUCAUCCAUUGGCCUGCAUCCCAGCAGAGGAUUGAGGAGUGCAUCCUGUCAGGCAAGAACAGCAAUGGGGAGUGUGGCAACUUCAUCCGCCUGAUCCAGCCCUGGAACCGGACCCACCUCUACGUGUGUGGCACUGGGGCCUACAAUCCCAUCUGUGCCUUUGUCAACCGAGGGCGCAAAGCGCAGGGAUUUCCGCUGAGCCAGCCCGUCCAGCCGGGAGGCCGGGAAAGCAGAUCAGCCGACGGCCCCCUCAGCCCGAGACCAGCGGAAAGCAAGGAUUACAUCUUCUACCUGGAGCCAGACAAACUGGAGUCAGGCAAGGGGAAGUGCUCGUACGACCCCAAAGUAGACACCGUCUCUGCAUUAAUAAAUGAAGAGCUUUAUGCUGGUGUCUACAUUGACUUCAUGGGCACUGAUGCAGCCAUCUUUCGUACCAUGGGCAAACAGACGGCCAUGAGGACGGACCAGUACAAUUCACGCUGGCUCAAUGACCCAGCAUUCGUCCAUGCCCAGCUCAUCCCUGACAGUAGUGAGAGGAACGAUGACAAACUCUACUUCUUCUUCCGGGAAAAAUCGGCUGAUGCCCCGCAGAGCCCAGGUGUCUAUUCCCGCAUUGGGCGCAUCUGUCUGAAUGACGAUGGAGGCCACUGCUGCCUGGUGAACAAGUGGAGCACAUUCCUGAAGGCCCGACUUACCUGCUCUGUGCCAGGACCCGAUGGGAUCGAAACACACUUCGAUGAGCUCCAGGAUGUCUUCAUCCAGCAGACACAGGACACCAAGAAUCCUGUCAUCUAUGCUGUGUUCUCUGCUUCAGGAUCCGUUUUCAAAGGCUCCGCUGUGUGCGUCUACUCCAUGGCCGAUAUCCGCAUGGUGUUCAAUGGGCCCUUUGCACACAAGGAGGGCCCCAACUACCAGUGGAUGCCCUACACAGGCAAAAUGCCUUAUCCCCGGCCAGGCACCUGCCCCGGGGGGACGUUUACACCAUCCAUGAAGUCAACCAAGGAUUAUCCUGAUGAGGUGAUCAACUUCAUGUGCGCACACCCACUGAUGUACCACGCCAUAUACCCAACCCACCGCCAGCCACUAGUAGUGCGCAGCAACGUCAACUAUCGCUUCACCACCAUCGCCGUCGACCAGGUGGAUGCAGCAGAUGGGCGCUAUGAGGUGCUUUUCCUGGGCACAGAUCGAGGCACUGUGCAGAAAGUCAUAGUACUACCCCGGGAUGACAUGGAGACUGAGGAGCUGAUGCUGGAAGAGAUUGAGGUGUUCAAGGUGCCAGCACCCAUCAAGACAAUGACCAUCUCUUCCAAGAGGCAACAGCUUUACGUGUCCUCAGCUGUAGGGGUGACCCAUUUGGCCCUGCACCGGUGUGAUGUUUAUGGGGAAGUUUGUGCCGACUGCUGCCUGGCCCGGGACCCCUACUGCGCCUGGGAUGGCAAGGCUUGCACCCGCUACUCAGCAUCUUCCAAGAGGCGGAGCAGGCGGCAGGACGUCCGGCAUGGCAACCCCAUCCGCCAGUGCCGAGGCUACAACUCCAACGCCAACAAGAACACAGUGGAGGCUGUGCAGUAUGGGGUGGAGGGCAGCACGGCCUUCCUUGAGUGCCAGCCCCGUUCCCCCCAGGCCAGCAUCAAGUGGCUACUCCAGAAGGACAAUAGUGACCGGCGGAAAGAGCUCCGUGUCGAGGGCCGGGUAUUGCGGACAGAGCAGGGCUUGCUGUUGCGCUCCCUGCAGCUCUCUGACAGUGGCCUGUACUCCUGCACUGCCACUGAGAACAACUUCAAGCACACGGUGACCAAGGUGCAGCUACGUGUCCUCAGCAGCCGCACUGUCCACGCCAUGCUCUUCCAGGCUGAGGUCCCGCCUGGCCUCCCACCUGUGGCUGCUGCUGCCACUGGUGCGAGGGUGCCCAGUGCUGCUGCUCCCCGCUACCAGGACCUGCUGCAACUCCUCACCCAGCCUGAAAUGGGACUCCUUGACCAGUACUGUCAGGGUUACUGGCGGCACAUGGCCACCAGCCCCCAGGAACCGCUGGCUGGCCUCAAAGCCAAGGAGCAGCAGGACCAGAAGAAGCCUCGAAACCGCCGGAAUCACCAGCCAGAGACCUACAGGCAUACAUGAAACCAUCAGCAGGGACUUUGAUAGCACAGUGGUCUAUUUUUCCCCCUUUUAAUAUUAAAAAUAUCUAUAAAUAUACAUAUAUAUAUAUAUAUAUAUAUAUAUCUACACACACACAUGCACACACACUCCCCACCUCCCUUGGAAGACGGUAUUUAUUUGUAGGUUGUACAUAGUCAUUUGCACAACAUGACCAUUGCCUUCCCACCCCAGGGAAGAGUGAAGGACCCCAGAAGUCAUGCCCAUCAUUUCUUUCUUCCCUUCCUGAACUUUGUGGUACUGUGAGACACCAGCAUGUGGGACCAGGCUGAGGUCAAUGACCUUCCAGUGGGAAGGGCAUGGCACUACAAUCAGGGCUGUACAUGCCUAAUGGUGGGCAGGCCAUGUCAGGGGAUGAUGUCACCAGCUCACAGUAGUGUUGGGGCAGAGGCAGUGGUUCCUGCAGGAAGGCUCUAGGGCAGGUGCCCAUCUGGCCUGGACAGCCUGCACUGACUUGGUCACAGGGCAAGCAGCAAGAAGGAGCUGGAGAAGGUCUGCCCCACUGCUUUUGUUGUGUCUGCUGUAUCUUUGAGCCUCAGUUUCCCCAUCUAGUUAUUUAAGACCAAGCGCUUUCCCCAGGAAAACUGCAGACUGGCCACACAAGCCUAGGAGAGGGGAGGGCUACAGACAUGCUGCAUCCCACCAGGCCACAGCUUGGACUUCAUGUCCACUGAAAUGUGACUGCAGCUGGGGAGAGGCACAUAGGCAGAGAGAGUCUAGCCUCUGAGGUGCAGCUCAGGGAGGCAGGAUUCAGGUGUCUAGGCAGCAGUAGAGGCUUAGUCAGGGCUGUGCUCUGGGUUGGAGAGGGAAGGAGAAGAGGCUGUAAUGGGGCCAACCCCUGGGGUCGCCACUUUUACACUAUGCUAGGGGCACCUUUAGUGCCACCCAGGCCUGACAGGUUGGGCAGUGGUGCCCAUGGGUGCUGGAACCAUGGGAGCCUUGUCCAUUGCCUGCUGCCUUCGGGCUCCCAGGCAGCGAUGUGGGUACCCUGCAUUGUAAAUAGUUGUACAUGGGAAGCACAAGGGUGCCUGGGGCCCAUGCCCUGCCAAGCACAUGCCACCGCUGCAACCAAGAGUGUGCCAAAAUAAACACUGGCUUUGGGAUA